AUGGCUCUCUACACCAUUCCAAUGUGGCUCUUUCUUAUUCUAUUCCCUCUACUGCUUUUUUUACUCUUGAAAAAGAUUCAAUCACUCAAAAUACUAAACAAGCGGCUCCCACCAAGCCCUCCCAAGCUUCCAGUUCUAGGAAAUUUACACCAACUAGGAGAGUUGCCUCAUCAAUCUUUGAGGCAACUCUCUAACAAAUAUGGACCGGUCAUGCUUCUAAAACUUGGUCGUAUACCCCUUACUGUAAUCUCCUCCGCUCAGGCGGCAAGAGAUGUCUUAAAAAAUCAUGACCUUGACUGUUGUAGCAGACCACCCUUGACAGGAACCAGGAAGCUUACUUAUAAUUAUUUAGAUAUGGCUUUCUCACCAUAUAGUGAGCACUGGAGAGAGAUAAGGAAAAUAUGUGUUCUUGAGCUUUUUAGCCUGAAGAGGACGCAGUCAUUUCAGUUCAUUAGGGAAGAAGAAACCGCUUUUCUAAUCAAUUCGAUCUCAGAAUCAUCAUCAUCUUCAUCUUCUGUUGAUCUUUCGGAGAAGAUGUUUGCUCUUACAGGAAGUAUAGUAUUUAGGAUGGCUUUUGGGAAGAGAUUUCGAGGGAGUAAAUUUGAUAAUCAUAGAUUUGAAGAAUUGGUUCAUGCUGCUGAGUCUGUAGUAGGAGGUUUCACUGCAAAUGAGUGUUUUCCUUACAUAGGUUGGAUUAUUGACAGAUUGACCAGUUAUCAUACAAAACUUGAGAGAGUUUUCCAUGAAUUGGAUACUUUAUUCCAGCAGAUAAUUGAUGAUCAUCUUAAACCUGAGAGGUCAAAACAAGAGGUGCAGGAAGAUUUUAUCGAUGUGAUGCUGAAAAUAGAGAGGGAAGAAACGGAAUCUCGGCUCUCGAAAGAUCAUAUAAAGGCUGUACUCCUGAAUAUGUUUUUGGGUGGAGUAGACACGAGUGCAAUUACUGUGAUCUGGGCAAUGGCAGAGCUAGCCAAGAAUCCAAGAUUGAUGCAUAAAGCACAAGACGAAGUUAGAAAGUGUAUCGGACAGAAAGGAAGAGUAACUGAAUCUGACAUCGACAAACUUGUAUAUCUGAAGAUGAUAAUCAAAGAAACUUUGAGAUUACACCCUCCUGCCCCACUAUUAAUUCCAAGAGAAGCUAUAUCCCAAUUCAACGUUAAUGGAUACAACAUUUACCCAAAAACACUAAUCCAAGUUAACGCUUGGGCAAUUGGAAGAGAUCCUAAAUGCUGGAACAACCCUGAAGAAUUCUCCCCAGAAAGAUUUAUGAAUAACUCCAUUGAUCUUAAAGGGCAAAAUUUUGAGUUUUUGCCAUUUGGAUCUGGUCGAAGAAGUUGUCCCGCUAUGCAUAUGGGAUUAAUAACAUCGGAACUUGCACUUGCAAAUCUCUUGUAUUGUUUUGACUGGAAAUUACCCAAUGGAAUGAAGGAGGAUGACCUGAACAUGGACGAGUCAGCUGGGGUGAGCCUUACAGUUUCAAAAAAAAUUCCUCUCAUCCUUGUGCCAGUCAAUUACCUCCAGCAGCCGUGAGUAAAUAAGACAGGGCUCUAGAUCUCUAUCUAAUAAUGUAAAAUAAUAAUAUGUCAACAAGCAGUUUUGGAGUCGGGCCUUCACUUGGUGCGGUUUGUGAAUUG